GUAGUGUUGUGGUCUGAUAGCGAAAGUAUAAUUGAAAAGUGUGGUGACACCUGUGCAAAAUAGGUCGGAAUACAAACUUGAAAAAUAUGGCUGUGUUACAAGUUUUAAUAAUAUUGCUGACUGUACACAAUCUACGGGCGAACGAAGAUGGGUAUCUGCGUUACGUCAAAGAUGGUUGCUUCAAAAAAGGGGAAGCUUUAUCCUGCGUUAAAUAUAAAGCCUUAAAAAUCGCUAAGAAAACGCUAUUCGGUGAAAACAUGCAGAAUGAAACUAUAAAAGCCAAUCACAUGAUCAGUUUCGUACCACUAGAUGAUAGUGUUAUAGAGAAAUUUAAAAGUGAGAGAAAUGAAUCGUUUAUUGUUGAACCCAGAGGAUUUCUGUCAGAGUGGUCAGAGUUGGCCAAGUAUUUUAUGAAACUUGUCAAAGAUUUCUUUAGAGUCAAAGGAAUGAGAGUUGAUCUACCAGAUGGUGCAAGAACUGUUGAAGAGGAGGAAGUUAAUGAAGGCCGCGGCAAAAGAAAAAAAUUGGCAAUUGUGGUGCCUCUCCUGACCCUGCUGGCUGCCAUCAAGACCAAAUUGUUGUUAAUACCAGUACUUCUGUCAGUAUUGCUGAUAAAGAAACUGUUGCUGAUCGCUGCGCUACUACUGCCAAGCUUGUUAAACACGUUAAAAGCAUGCAAGCACCACCCAAUGUCCCACUAUUCAUAUUUCGGCAGCAGCGACAACUCGGACUUCAGUUCAGACUAUGGAAAUAGUUAUUCGUACGGAUCUAGCGCGGGCUAUGGGCCUUCAAAUAGGGCGUACACUAUGCCCAAACAUAGACCGACGCCUGCGCCUGUUUACAUUACUGCACCUGGCUCCGCGGCGUAAAAAGAGACAAUUAUAUUUUUUUGAAGUGUCAGUACAGUCGAUCGCAUGUCAAGCUACCCGGAAUCCUUGCAAACUUUUGUUAUAAAUUAUAAAUUAAAUUAUAAAGGGCCGCGCAGGUCUUGAGACGCGGUCGACUGUACUGGAUGGCAGGACGACCUAGAAAAAAUCAGCGUGGUUGACUAUAAGCAGCCGAAAACAGAAAUCUAUGGAAGAUAAACAUUCCUUUGCCUAGCAGUGGGACACUUAAAAAAAUAUAAUAAUCAUUUUAAAUUAGGACUAAAAAUAUUGUCUGGUUAAUCUGGUUAUAUGCAUUUAAUUUAAAGUAACUUGCCGGAGUACUUGCGAGUACUUUGUGAAAAAAGUACAUUAAUAUCUUUAAAUGUAUGUUUCAAGAAUAAAAAAAUAUUUAAAAAAAUUGUUUUAAAAAAAAUGUUAUCCGAUAUCGCGACGCUAUAAGUCAACAUCAAAUUUACAUUUUAGUUGUUUAAAUUAAUUCAUCACUUUAAUUCAUCUUGGUGAUUACGCUUCUGCUUAAGAUGGCUAGAAAAUAAUAAUAAUAAAAAAAAAAGUCUUGAAUAGUUUUUAAAAUAUUUUUUAAUUUUGUUAUUUCAUUUGCACUACAUAUGAAACAAUCUAACGUAACUUAGUUUAGAUUUCCUACUGCUCUGAAUUGAUAAUGAUAUUUUGGAAAUAAUUUUACAGACAUAGAUUGUCGAAUCCGAUUUUGAAUGCAAUUGCUGGCAGUAAAGAAAACGAACGACAUUAUUCCUGAAAAAAAAAAAUUAUGAGCAAGAGCACUUGAACCCAUUCCAUUUUCAAACUUUUAAAUAACAUGUAGACCUUCUUAUUUUAACGCUGAAAGUCUGGUGUUAAAAAAUUUCUGGAGAAAGGUAGCAGGUGCGUGAAGGAUAAAAUGUGGCUUACAUCGUGGGUGUUCUAUUUUCAAAUUUUAGAUUUUUUCUUUUAAAUAUUUAAAGUUGACACUUUUGAUAUUUAUAUUUGUUGUUGUGUUUUGUGGCAUAAAGUGAAAUAAUUAAGGAUUUAUAUUGUUAAUAUAUUAAAUAUUGCCUGUAACUCCGCCCGCGGCAAAAUGAAUAGGGUGCAUUUGUCAUACUAGGUACAUAUUUCACCCCUAAUUUCCGGUGUCUUUAAAUACAUAUAAACAAAAAUUUAACAAAAUCGCUUUCGCGGAUUAGGCGUGAAAGCGUAACGGACUUCCAUAUUUAUAAUAUUAGUACAGAAGUAUUUUUGUUAAUCUCUCAUCUCUACUACUACCACUCCUGCAAUGGCUUCUUAUCCCUUAGUCACUACUUACGGAUAUAAAGUAGUCCUAGAUCCUCUACUUUAUUGGAAACCACACGAUUCACAAAAUUACAUUAACCGACCAAAUGUAAUUUCACCGAUUCAUAGGAUAUCACGCAUUCGUUUAUCACACAAAGCUUUACUGAAGUUGUCAUACGAAUUCAUGGAAUAAUUUUCUAUCAUCCGUGCCAAGAUUAUGUGGAUAUAAGUGAAUCAUAAAGUUAUGUUUUUGUAUUUAUCUUUUAUUUAUUUAUUCUAGGCACAUAUACAUACAGAUAGUAAUAUUCCUCAUGGCUGAGGGUUGAGUGCUUAUCGAGUGGAAUGAAAUACACACAACGACUUUAUUGACAAAAUGCGUGGGCAAAAUGAGCGGUUUGCCGUCUAUUUAUUUAUUUAUACUUUCUUUGUAAAAGACGGACUUAAAGCCUUAGUUUUUUUCUAUUAGUCAGCCAGCGGAGAGAAAAUAAUAUUAUUGGGUUAAUGCAAAUAAAAGAUUGUAAUAACUGAAUUAUAUACCUACUGCCAUAUAUAUUUUAUAUGGAAUUAAUUCAUGAAAUAAUAAUGUAAUUUAUGACUUUGUUUAAGUAAUUUUUUUGACGUCAAUAAGUGAUGUAUAUCAUCCUAAAUUGAAUAAAGAAUUUUGUAUUUGAAUUUGAAUUUUUUAAAGUAAAUUAUUUUUAAACAUUUGCUUGUAUCGGGGCGAAAUAUGUGACUACUUAAUUUAAAAAUAAAUGUAAGAUUACGUUAUUUAAAUUUAUAUUUAUUAAAUAAGUGGUGAUGUGAAAAUAAGUGAAGACUGGUUAAGCAUUUAUUUAUAUUAAUUUACUAAUAGAAUAAGGAUAUAUUUGUUAUUAUUUUAAGU